CAUUUCUGUUCAUAGGUUGUCAUAGAAUUUUCUCUUCACCACUCAAUCGUAUCUACUUACACAAGCAGUCAAGCAGUCAACAAAGAAGAAAUUUCUUUUUUCGAAGACAAAGAGAUAUUUCACACAGUAUAGUUGUGCCGGCUGCAGUUUCUCCAGCGCAUCCAGUUCCUAAGCACAUAAAGAAGCCAGACUAUGUGACGACAGGCAUUGUACCCGACUGGGGAGACAGCAUAGAAGUUAAGAAUGAAGAUCAGAUUCAAGGGCUUCAUCAGGCUUGUCAGCUUGCCCGUCGUGUCCUCCUCCUGGCUGGGAAGAGUUUAAAGGUUGACAUGACAACUGAAGAGAUAGAUGCUCUUGUUCAUCAGGAAAUCAUCAGUCAUGACGCCUAUCCCUCACCUCUAGGCUAUGGAGGCUUUCCAAAAUCUGUUUGUACCUCUGUAAACAACGUACUCUGUCAUGGUAUUCCUGACAGUCGACCUCUUCAGGAUGGAGAUAUUAUCAACAUUGAUGUCACGGUCUAUUACAAUGGCUUCCAUGGAGACACCUCUGAAACAUUUUUGGUGGGCAAGGUGGAUGAAUGUGGUAAAAAGUUAGUGGAGGUUGCCAGGAGAUGUAGAGAUGAAGCAAUUGCAGCUUGCAGAGCGGGGGCCCCCUUCUCUGUAAUUGGAAAUACAAUCAGCCGCAUAACUCGUCAGAAUGGUUUGCAAGUCUGUCCACAUUUCGUGGGACAUGGAAUAGGAUCUUACUUUCAUGGACAUCCAGAAAUUUGGCAUCAUGAGAAUGACAAUGACCUUCCCAUGGAGGAGGGCAUGGCCUUCACCAUAGAGCCAAUCAUCACCGAGGGAUCCCCUGAAUUUAAAGUCCUGGAGGAUGCAUGGACUGUGGUCUCCAUAGACAAUCAAAGGUCCGCCCAGUUCGAGCACACAGUUCUCAUCACGUCUGGAGGCGCGAAGAUCCUGACCAAACUGCCCCACGAGGCCUGAGAGGCUGCCCGAAGGUCGCAGAGGCCCGGCUCCGUUUUUCUCAAUUUUUGAAAUACAGCUAGAGAACUUUUAGAAGAAACAGGAGCAGCAGGUCACGCAGCAUCCCGCCUCACACCUAAUAUCAUUUUGGAAAAAAGGCGGUGGGGACUAGGAGCAUUUGGAACUCAGACCCGAAAACGUGCCUGGGGCCCUGCGGCUUUGAAAGACCGGUCGGGGUCCCGGACUCAGCUUCUCCAAGCGGGAAACGCAUCUGGAGAGGAACGCGGACGCAGUCGUUUGGGAGAGGAGAGAUUCUGGAAGCAGUUUUCCCUUUUUCUUGUCCAGAAUUUGCUCCAAUGAAAAACCUCUUAAACUCA